ACCUAGCGACGGCAAACGAUCAAACAUGGCGAACCACAAAGUCCCAAGGUUCUCAACUUGGCAUAGAGAAACAUAUAUUGAUCCGAUAAAUAUGCCCGCAAAUAGGUAUUUUAUACCGCACUUCAUGUCGUAUGGAGACAGUCAACGAUAUGGAGAAGGAAGAGAAAAAUGGUUCCAAGACUACAGGCGUUCGUACGUAGCUGAGAAAACCUUGGUAAAGAACUUAAACACACUUGGCUCCCCUUACCGACCAACAAGCUUAUCCGAGAAGCCUGACCGUGUAUUAGGGACUCGGUGCCAGCGAAGAGAAGCUGUUUUGAUUAAACCACAUCAUCAUCUCACCAACAGAAUUCCCGACCGGGAGAGAGACCGCGCUCAAAUCGACAACAUCGUCUUUCAGCAUCGUCAACAGUACAGAGACCAGAGCGGUACGUUGUUCGAUCAAAAAGUGGCUUAUUUUCACUAUCCCACCGCAGCCGAGGAGCAGUUUUUGCCUAAAGUUAAACCUCCGAAAGAAACAAUCGGCACCUAUCCGAACACCACCAAAGCUGCUCUGGAAUAUACCUAUGACUUGGAGAGAGGGCCUAAAGAAUACGAACUCUGGCACAAAGUGUAAGUUUUCGAGAUCUUCAAACAAACAAACAAACAUUCUAUUAUAACCAAGUGCUGAACACCGCAAUUUGUGUUCAUACAAAUGGCAUUGUGUGGAAGGAAUAGCAGCCUUACCGCUCUUGUUUUUAUUCUUGGAAGUUGUGAAUUCUCCGAUUAUGUAGGAAAGCUAAUAACGAACGAAGUUCUAGGUCUGCAUGUUAUUAGCUUAAUAGCUUAUACUGUUGGUAACAGAUCCACUCCCCCACUUGAAUUUAUGGCGAAAAGCCAUAAAUCAUAUGAUGGAAACUAGGUUCAGUCACUAGCAGUGCAGACUAAGAAGAUAAAGUUUGUUAGAUAUUCAUUUGAUCUCUAAUGAUGUCGGUGUCUGGCGAAUUCCGUGGAAAAACAUAUUCCAAGUUAUGGUCACUCGAAAGGCAUGUCAAUAUUAAAGCGAAAUAACUCUAUGUGAAAUCCGGAGGGUGUAAUUUUCAGGUUGCAGGUUAUAGUACGCGGCAAGUGAU